AGGAAAAGCGCGAGGAUCCAGACGGCUUUCCGGCGCCAUUUGGCUGCAACUACGUCUGCGCGCGUCGGUGCAGGCGUCGCAAUAUUCAGCGUCGGUAGCAGCCUUCCAGAGCGCGUCGUUCAAGACAGCGCGUCUGCCUGUUUAUAGCGUUUUUCGUGAGUUGCUGUACCGACGCUUGUCGUUUUCGCUUCACUGAGGAACAGAAGCUUUUUUCCUUGCCGACGGGCAGGCGUGAUGUGGAACGAAGAAAGGUUUGGCUGCAUCGAAUCGGCCGCCCAAACUUCGACGGAAUAUCGUCGGCGCGUCUUUGUGAGGAUCAUUUCUCGAAGGACCGAUUCGAGCCUUUGAUUCUGAGCAAGUUCGGGGAAAAAGACAAGCUGAAGCCAGACGCUGUACCCAGCAUUUUCAUUCACGGAAAACUUGCAAUGCCCACAGAGACUCCUGUGCCGCCCACCAGUUGUACUCAUGAUGACCUGCCUGGCAGCUACUCGAACGGUUCACAGUGUUCUACAGAAGAUGUAGGUGUGGGGGUCCUUGUGACUGCGCCGGCUGGGGUUGAAUGCAUUCAGCUGUCCCCGGUGGCCACAUCUGCAGCCACUCUGCAAGCAAACGAAGGCCAUGCAGAACCUUACUCAUCAACGAGGAACGACGUUUUGGUUCUCGCCGCCUCGCAAGAGGGCCAAGCUGGUUCUUCGGAAGCCAUCGCUGCUCUGUGGAAGCGCAUAGGCGAACUCGAAGACCAGCUGGAAAGCGCACGGCGAAGGUUAUCGCUCGCGCAGCGCGGCAAGAACCAAGUGACGCAAAAGUACGAGAGGCUCAAGAAACAGGUCGGACACUUUCUGGCGCCUGAUCAGCUGGACGGCAUGGGAAAGGCGAGCAUGAGGGGGACCAAGUGGACGGACGGCACCAUUCGAAAGGCGCUGAAAGUGCGACUGGCGUGCGGAUCGCGCGGCUACAGCGUUGUGAAGGAAAUCGUCGCCCCGCUGCCCACAGAACGGACGCUGCAGAGGCACCUGGAGCAGCUCAGGUCCUCGCCGGGCGCACUGCAAGAACUUCUGCUUACCCUCUCCGACGAGGUGAACCACGUGCAGGACCACGAAGACCACACUGGCAUCAUGGACGAAGUUCAGCUGCCGCCUACCCCACGGCAGGCGUCAGCUCUUGACUUAACAACUGGAUCAAUACUUGGCAUACCAACCGUUUCGUUAGCGGACACUCCUAGAUGACAGCAUUGCUAAACAUGACCUCGUUCUUACAUUUGGCGGCGCAACAGUUCGAAGGUAGUAUAUCAUCGCGCCCCGCAUUUCAUUGAAAAUUCCUUCAGUGACACACUGGUUGACUAGAUCCCCAUUUCAAUACUGAAGAGUAUAGGACUAAAUUUUCCUGAAAGUGGACGCAAAUGUUAUCGGACAUAAGAGGUGGGAAUAAGGCAUUUGGAAAGAAUUCCAAAUUGCUGGAGGCAAAUACCGUUGGCAUUCUAAUUUCUGUCCUCACCCUUGCGAUUUAAAUCGCAAGUCUAUGGCAGACGUUGCGGCAUGUUCUAAAAAACGAUCAAGUAAUUGCUGACGCAAUAAUAUCCACAUCAGGGAACGGCUCAUGGCGCUGAGCUACGGUUGAGUGAUACCGGCUUGGACAUGGUGUUAUUCUUGACUUUCGAAGUGCUUUCUUGCGUAUUGUUUUCGUUUUUGUUGCUUUUGUUUGUGUGUGGCAUGUAGUAUUCAUGUGCUUGGAGAUAUGUGAAUAAGAGUAAUUGAAAAUCAGCGA